AUAAUUUUAUACAUAAAAUGUACGAAAGAUUGCGUUAAAUCGCAUCAUCGUGCUGGAGGAAGUAGAGGAAUGGGCCCUUGGGCCUUUGGAAUUCCUAUUGUCCUUGUUUCCACUCUUGGUCUCCUUCUUAACGCUUAUGUCCUGUUAGUAGUAAUCGGCCUCGGCAAGCAGACGCAGCAACAAACUUCAAAUACUCUUCUGUUAAUUCACCUUGGAGCAGUUGAGUUUGCACUUUGUUUUGUAUUGCUCGUAUUUACAACCGGUCCUUGGACGAAUUCUGGUUCUUGGUGUGCAGUUCAUGGUUUUCUGCUCACUUUACUUCACCCAGUAGCUUUGUGGACCGUCACAGGGCUCAAUUGUGAUAGGUACUACGCCAUAGCAGCACCCCUUCACUACUCGGCAGUAGUUUCCCCACGGCGAGUAAUCCUAGGAUUAGUAGGAGCAUGGAUUGGUGCAUUCAUUCUGUCUCUCCCUCCAUUUUCGGGUUUAAUUGCACCGUAUAAAUAUAGUCAAGAUUUCGGAUGCUGUAUUCCAGCGUUCAGUAAUGAGACAUGGACUAUUGCUGGUGUUAUUUAUACAAGUGUUUAUCUGUUUGUGGGUUUAAUGUUACCGGCGAUACUUAUUACAGCUUGCAAUAUUCGAGUCCUAGGAAUUGCACGGUAUCAUCGUCACCGAAUUGCCAGCGCUAUUUAUGAAGUUACAUUGAGCGCUCAAGUUACUAUUACGCACCAAAGAAAUCCGUUCUUCAUACCGACAGUUACUUCACCUUCUGCUGGAGGACCUCCGAGAUUUCACAGUGCUGCUAGUACUGUUAUCAAUAAAACCAAUUUCGGGCUGAUGAGUAUGAUUGACGUUUCGACGUUAGGAAUAAUAAAAAAAAAUCCAUCGAUAUCCUUAAAGGUGAUGCAAUUAGUUGGAUCAGUCUAUCUACUUUAUUUCCCCUACUGCGGAAUCAUCCUAUGGGAAGCUUGCACCGCAGCUAGUCAUAGUCGUCUUCACUUGCACCCAAGAUUCGCGUCCUUGGCCUCACUUUUACUCGCUACUUCGCCGCCGAUUAACGGUUUAUUAUACGGCCUCAAGUCACGAACAAUAAGACGUUCUGUCCAGAAUUAUUGGCGAAAAAAAGUAACUAAAUCGGAAUUGCAGCAGGAAAUUCAAGCGAGAACCCCAAGCGUUGCAGGGUCGCGUCGCCCUUCGGGAAGUGGACCAGUCUCUCUGUUUCCGUUUCCGCCACUCCAACGACGUCUCAGCGAAGCUCUACUCAAUUUAGGGACAAAUUCAAGGGCUGCCGGUGGUUUCGAGAGUGGUAACAUUGGAGCUUUUAAUUGCAAUCGCUUACAACCCGCUGCAUCUUGUAAUACACUACGGGUACCAACAAGCGAAUCAAGUGAAAGUAACAGAGUAGUGCGAACAAGUGCAAGCACAGCGAGUCUAAUGGGAAUGGGAUAUCACGAUUCAACUAGUACAAUACGUGAAUCUUCAUUAUUACGCGAUACGAUAGAAUCGUCAAAAAGAAGCCCAAUAAUACUGAUAACGCGGACACACAGCGUUGAAAUACCAGACGGCAGUAGUCCAGUGCUCAAAAGAUCCUGUAUUACUUCAGGACACUUUGGUACCAUUGUAACUGACAAGAGACGCUGGCGUCAAGUCAGCACUGGAAGUGAUAGCAGUACAGGAAGCAGCGAUGCUAGUAUUUGGACAACCGGAAUAGCUCAUAGAGCUGCCAAAGGAAAUCUUAGAAGUUCUAUUGACAAUUGGCCAAUAGCUAUUCGUCACGUGCCACUAGGGAUAUUAUUCAAUGGAUUACGCGCUAGCAAUAAUAGUGAAAGUAGUGAUACAACAGAUACAACGGCAACAACAACAACAACAUCAACUUUACCGUCCAAAGUAUUUUCAAUAGCACAAGGAACCCAAAAUUCAAACAAUAAAACUGAUGAAAAGCCAAAAGUGAAGCGAAAAAACAGCGAAGAAAAAAGCGAAAGCGAAUCCAGUUGGGGUAGUAUUGAAGAAAAAAGGUCGAAUGAUAUCGAAGACGAAAACAGCGAAAAAGAAGAAGAAAAAGAGGAAAAAGAAGAAAAUGAAGAAGAUGAUGAUGAAGAAGAAAGCGCCAGUAGUAACGAUAAAAAUCCACACGAAAUUGAUAACAAAGGGGUAGUAAAAAAAUGUAAAAAAAGAAGAAAAGAAAGGAUGCGCUCUCGGAUUAUUAAUGAUGAGAAAAUAAAUGAAAAUAAUGAUGGAAUUAAAUUGCGAUCACUUCUUACAACUUUGUCAUCUUAG